GAAGUUCACAGGAUCACUGCUGGGGAACCGCGGAUCUUGGAAACCCGCUCUCCGGUCUAUGUCCUCGGAGACGUGCAUGGUAACUUGAACGAUCUGGAGUUCUUCAGGAAGUCCUUCUGGCCACUGGGACCGGAAGUGACGGCAGGAGACUUCUUGUUCCUCGGAGACUUCGUGGACCGCGGCAGAGACUCGAUUGCAGUUGUGUCCUACAUAAUGAGCAUGAAGGUCCUGCAUCCCAACAAGUGGUGGAUGAUCCGGGGGAACCACGAGACGCGCGAGGUCAAUGGCAACAUGGAGCACUACAUGGAGGGGAGCUUCCUUUCGCAAUGCAUCGCCCUCUUUGGAGACACGGACGGGUACGCAGUCUGGGAAGCAGUGAACAACUUCUUCGACACCCUCCCGCUGGCUGCGACCAUCGAUGAUACCAUCUUCUGUGUCCAUGGAGGGAUCCCACGAGAGCUCUGCCGGAGAGGCUCCAGCCUCGACCUCAUCCGCAACGUCGAGUGUCCUCUCCGAUCCGUGCAGACCAACGAGGUUGUCUACGAGAUGCUGUGGUCUGAUCCGUCCUUGCCCGAGCAGGAGCAGAACGACGAGCUGGACGACUCGGGCUUUGGAGUCAGCGCCAGGGGCUGCACCUGCUUCGGGGAAAAGUCGAUCGACCUCUUCCUCGACAUCCACCGGUUCAAGCACGUCUUCCGGGGCCACGAGGCGCAGCAGUCUGGGGUAGGAGUGAGCAAGAGCGCCCGGCUUACCACCAUCUUUUCCACCUCCAAGGAUCACUUCUCCGCUGACGUGACGGCGACCUGCGGCUGUGUGCUGGUGGAU